AUGCGCCCCCAGCGCAGCGUGCUGGAGCCCUGGAAAGGCAGCCCGAAGGAGCCCGAUGAGGCCUCGAUCGAGGAAGAAGAGGUGCUGGAGGAAGAGGAGGAAGAGGAGGCGGAGGGGGCACAGGGAAAGGAGGAGGUGGCGAGUCCUCAACAGGACAAUCCCGACCAGUUGCGCCCGUCGUUGGACGAUGAUGAACUCUGGAAGGCCAUAGACACCGGUGAAGCCCUUUCCGACAACGAAGAAGACUUAGAAUUUCGUCCUCGACUAACUAGCGUAGUCACCCCCAGCCUGAGCGCCACGCCCACGUCCAGCCAUCUAUCCAGCCCCACGUGGAGCGUGGAGGAGCCGCAACAGCCCAGCGAGAGCUCUUCUCCUGCCAGCAGCAGCGCCUCGUCCCAGUCCCAUAGAAGUUAUCCUAAAAUAUUUCAAACAUUUAAGAAAGACAUGUCUGAAGUAACUGUAGAUAGAGCUAUGUACCCAAGUUUGUAUGAAAGAGUUCCGAUAUCAGUACAAACAGAAGAAAGUUGGCUUCAACAAAUUUCUAAGAAGGAACCAAAAAAAGUACCACCCCUAGAAACAAAAACAGUGCAACCAGAAACACCGGCUUCUAAGCUCAGAGGAACGUGGGUAAUUAAUCCUGAAGAGCCGAAACUCAGUAUUUUAUGUGAGACGGAGUAUCAUGAAGAUUUUGUAAAAUUCUUUGAAUCUACUCUAAGAACAUUACCCAACAUUGGGCUACCGCCCAUGCUGUCAUUUAGAAAAGAUCUUCCCUAUCUGGACUUUAGCAUCAAGGAUGAAGAAGACCUAGUCCUCAAGUGUGAAUUCUGUGGAAGUGUUCUACGAUCGCUCCUUUCCGAUGUGGACAUUUGCUCUGACAACACUCACACUGAGCCCCAGAAACGUGCUUUCUGUUGUCUUCAGUUACAAAAUCUUCUUGAUUAUAUCAACGAGGAAAUGCUAAACAUCCAAAGUACUAAAACGGACUUAAUCAGUAUUCAUCCUCAUGCAGCCCAUGGCAGUGAUGCCGAUAGACUCAAGGCAAAGGAAAAAGCUAUACAGAGAAAACAAGAACGUCAAAUGGCUAGACACUUCGCAAUAGUCUCCCAUGAACAGAGCAACCCAUUAACUGAAGAUGAUGCAAAGCACUUGAAGACCAUUUCUUACCAGCUUUCUAUGGAUACGCCAGAGAAGAAGAGCGAAGAGGAUGCAGAUGAUAUCCUGAUGGGCAACAUCUCCAUCACCUGCUGUGACUCCAGGAAAAUGUGUGGAAAGGUCGUGAGGAAUGAGCUCUUGGAGAAGCACUACAAGCACGGAAGCAAGUUUCUCACCUCCUUUCCAGAUGGGACAACACAAAUAUUCUAUCCAUCUGGAAAUCUAGCCAUUAUCCAGGUGCCCAGCAAGACAAAUGGCUUCACUUGUAUUAUCCAAGAAGACACACCCACCAACCCGGCUAUCCUGGCGGUGCUCGACUCCUCUGGGAGAAGCUCCUGCUAUCACCCUAAUGGAAAUGUCUGGGUCUACAUCAAUGUCCUGGGAGGCCAAUAUUCAGACCAAGCUGGCAACAGAAUACGAACUUGGAACUGGUCAAGUUCCAUGCCUUCCUCGUCCUUUGCUUCAUUUAAACCUGUUUUUCUGGCUUUGAACCAUUACAUUGGAAUUCGCAUCUUAGAACAAGACAAGGUCUCCAUUAAUUUUCUAGCAAUGGGCCGACAGGCAAGAAUCAGCGUUGGGACCAAAGUAAAGUGCUACAAACCAGAGGAGCUCCCAGCCCUGCGGUUCGUGAGUGGAGAUGACCUGCUGCUGCUGGCCAGCUUAAUAAAGAUCCGGCGGCUGUUCCACAAGCUGCGAGGAUGCAUGACUUUCCCCUCGAGUCAGGCGUGGGAAAAAGUAAAGCAACCGACCUACCUUUCUACGCUCUCUCUAAAACUACUUGCCCUCUGCGAUAAUUCUGGCUUACAGAAAAGUACAAUGGCAACAAUUAUGAAGCUAAUACAAGAGAAAGAGUAA